GGAGACCGAUGGAGACACUGCGCCUCUGAGCGCAAGAGGGAGAGAGUUAACAACCGCCAAAGCGGAUUACAGCUUGUCGCCCUGUGAUCCUAUCUCUGUUUCUCCUCUGGAGGGGUUUCCCUCCUGGUUCAGUUCUCCUCAUAGAGGAGAGAAGCGUUUCUUUACUGACCGGUGCUUGUUGGAUCGGCGCAUCUCCAAAAUGAGUUCUUCCUCCGCUGCGCUCUCAUCACCGUGGCAACUUUUUCGCACGCCAUCGCGGCACUGAAGAGCCUCUUGGUGGGGAAAGUUUUGCAUGAACCCUGCUGGGAUCAUGGGCAUACAAUGAAAACUUCCAUCUUCUUCUCUCUGCCUUCCAAGACGUGAGGCAACAAUGCAGAAGAGCGUUCGUUACAACGAAGGACACGCACUGUUUCUGUCGGCGGUGGCGCGUAAAGAGGGGACUAAGCGCGGCUACCUGAGCAAGAAGACGGCGGAGAACAGCCGAUGGUCAGAGAAGUUCUUCGCCCUCUACCAGAAUGUAUUGUUCUACUUUGAAAAUGAGCAAAGCGCACGACCAGCUGGGAUUUACCUGUUGGAAGGAUGCACCUGCGAGCGCACACCGGCGCCAAAGAUAUCCACGACAGGGAAGGAGGCGCUGGAGAAACAGCACUACUUCCUCAUUGUGUUUGGCCACGAUGGACAGAAACCUCUGGAGCUGCGGACGGAUGAGGAGAAUGAGUGUGAUGAAUGGGUUGAGGCCAUCCAGCAGGCAAGUUAUUCAGAUAUCAUAAUUGAAAGAGAAGUCCUGAUGCAGAAGUACAUCCACCUUGUGCAAAUUGUGGAGACUGAAAAGGUGGCUGCCAAUCAGCUGCGGACUCAGCUGGAGGACCAGGACACUGAGAUCGAAAGGCUUAAAUCUGAGAUUGUAGCUUUAAACAAAACUAAGGAGCGGAUGCGGCCUUAUCACAUCUACCACGAGAAUGAAGAUCCUGACAUCAAAAAGAUCAGAAAGGUUCAAAGUUUCAUGCGCGGCUGGCUGUGUCGCAGGAAGUGGAAAAUCAUUGUCCAGGACUAUAUUUGUUCUCCUCACGCAGAGAGCAUGAGGAAGAGGAACCAGAUUGUCUUCAAUAUGGUGGAGGCAGAGACAGAGUAUGUCCACCAGCUCUAUAUCCUGGUCAAUUGUUUCCUUAGACCUCUGAGAAUGGCUGCCAGCUCAAAGAAACCUCCAAUCAGUCAUGAUGAUGUCAGUAGCAUCUUCCUGAACAGUGAGACCAUCAUGUUCCUACAUGAGAUUUUCCAUCAAGGCUUGAAGGCUAGGAUCGCCAACUGGCCAACUCUGGUGUUGGCUGAUCUUUUUGACAUCCUGCUGCCCAUGCUAAACAUAUACCAGGAGUUUGUGCGUAACCAUCAGUACAGCCUGCAAGUUUUAGCCAACUGUAAGCAGAACAGAGACUUCGACAAGCUGCUAAAGCAGUAUGAGUCCAACGCUGCCUGCGAGGGAAGGAUGCUUGAGACCUUUCUCACAUACCCAAUGUUCCAGAUCCCUCGUUACAUCAUAACACUACAUGAGUUGCUGGCCCACACACCUCACGAACAUGUGGAACGUAAGAGUCUUGAAUUUGCCAAGUCUAAAUUAGAGGAACUGUCAAGAGUGAUGCAUGAUGAGGUCAGUGACACAGAAAACAUCCGGAAGAAUCUGGCCAUUGAGAGAAUGAUUGUUGAGGGCUGCGAUAUCCUGCUGGACACCAGCCAGACAUUCGUUAGACAGGGUUCUCUAAUCCAGCUGCCAUCUGUGGAGCGAGGAAAACUAAGCAAGGUCCGUCUGGGCUCUCUGUCAUUAAAGAAAGAGGGAGAGCGGCAGUGUUUUCUCUUCACAAAACACUGCCUUGUUUGCACUCGCAGCUCUGGUGGAAAAUUGCAUCUUCUAAAGCAAGGUGGUGUUUUGUCCCUCAUCGACUGCACACUCAUAGAGGAACCAGAUGCUAAUGAUGACGAAUGUAGAACAGCUGGCCAGGUGUUUGGUCAGCUGGACUUUAAGCUGGUGGUGGAGCCAACAGAUUCGCCUUCAUUUACUGUGGUGCUGCUGGCACCAUCACGGCAGGAGAAGGCUGCAUGGACCAGUGAUAUAAGCCAGUGUAUUGAUAAUAUCCGCUGUAAUGGCUUGAUGACCAGUGUGUUUGAGGAAAACUCAAAAGUCACUGUGCCUCAUAUGAUCAAAUCUGAUGUGCGCCUCCAUAAAGAUGAUGUUGACAUUUGCUUCAGCAAGACGCUCAACUCCUGCAAGGUCCCCCAGAUCCGUUACGCCAGUGUGGAGCGGCUGCUGGAGCGGCUGACCGACCUGCGCUUCCUCUCUAUAGACUUCCUGAACACCUUCCUACAUACGUAUAGGAUCUUCACCACGGCAACCGUGGUCAUGGACAAACUGGCUGAUAUCUACAAGAAGCCGUUUUCCUCCAUACCCAUCAGAUCCUUGGAGUUGUUUUUUGCCACAAACCAAAAUAACAGAGGCAGUGAGAACAUGAACGACCGAUCUCCUCGUCUCUGCCGCAAGUUCUCAUCUCCUCCUCCAUUGUCUAUCCAGUCCCGAACCUCUUCCCCUGUUCGAACCCGAAAGCUUUCCCUUCACACCCCCCUCACUGGCCGGGUGGGAGGCCUCGACCUUUCAUCUCCUCUAUCCAACUCAAACUUCAACCACAACAGCUCCCAGUCUGCUGCAAAUAGCCCUACUUCUGCACAGACUCCCCAAACGCCGACAUCUCAGACACCUACCCCAACAGCGACCUCUCCUCCCUCCACUUCCUCGUCUCCUCCUCCGGACAACGGCAAGUCGUCACAGGAUCAAGCUCCUCUGACUCCCUCCUCGCCGGACCAGAGCCCUAUCCCAGCAGCUGAUGGAGAGGAGGUUCCUAGGAUUGAUCCUUUCUGUGGAAAACUGAGACGGAGCAUUAGGAGAACUGUGUUGGAAUCUGUGUCGUUGGAGAAAAUCAUCCCAGAGUCUCCGCAGAGCAGCGAAGCAGGAGACAUGUCUCCGUGUCGCUCUCCAUCCACACCACGCCACCUCCGCUACAGACAGUCUGGAGUUCAGUCUGGGGAGAAUUCACGCUGCUCAGUGUCUCCUGCCUCAGCCUUUGCUAUUGCAACUGCAGGAGCAGGACAUGGUACCCCGCCAGUAUUUACUAACUCUGAGAGGACCUGUGAUAAAGAGUUCAUCAUCCGCAGAGCUGCCACCAACAGAGUCCUCAAUGUGCUGCGUCACUGGGUUUCCAAACACUCACAGGACUUUGAGAUGAAUGGGGAGCUGAAGAUGUCAGUGAUUUAUCUCCUCGAGGAAGUGCUAAGAGAUCCAGACCUCCUGCCUCAGGAGAGAAAAGCUACUGCCAACAUUCUAAGUGCCCUUUCUCAAGAUGAGCAGGAAGAUGCCCAGUUGAGGAUAGAGGAUAUUUUACAGAUGGCGGACUGCCCAAAGGCUGAGUGUUUUGAAUCCCUCUCUGCAAUGGAGCUGGCUGAGCAAAUCACCCUGCUGGAUCACAUCGUCUUUAGGAACAUUCCCUAUGAAGAGUUCCUGGGUCAGGGCUGGAUGAAGGUUGAUAAGAAUGAAAGGACUCCCUACAUUAUGAAAACAAGUCAACACUUUAAUGAUAUGAGUAACCUGGUGGCAUCUCAGAUUAUGAGCCACACUGAUGUUGGCUCGAGAGCCAAUUCUAUUGAAAAGUGGAUUGCAGUGGCAGACAUCUGCCGCUGUCUGAACAACUACAACGGGGUGCUGGAGAUCACAUCUGCACUCAAUCGCAGCGCCAUCUACCGUCUGAAGAAGACUUGGGCUAAAGUCAGCAAACAGACUAAAGCUCUGAUGGAUAAACUGCAGAAGACUGUGUCGUCUGAGGGAAGAUUUAAAAACCUGAGGGAGACACUAAAAAACUGCAACCCUCCAUGUGUGCCAUACCUAGGAAUGUACCUGACAGACUUGGCCUUUAUCGAGGAAGGAACUCCCAAUUUUACUGAGGAGGGUCUUGUUAAUUUCUCCAAAAUGAGGAUGAUAUCACAUAUCAUCCGAGAGAUCAGACAGUUUCAGCAGACACCUUACAGAAUAGAGCAUCAACCUAAGGUCACUCAGUAUCUUAUGGAUAAGACUCUGACCAUGGACGAGGACACGCUCUAUGAUCUCUCACUUAAGAUCGAGCCCAGAUUGCCUGCAUGAAUUAUCUCUGUUUUAAGCUUCGAGAAUGUACUGAGGAAGGAUCAAACACCUACCUGAUCCUAAUCCAUCAAGAAAAAUCUGGAAGAAAGUCUUUGGAGCAAUGUGGAAAUGGAUUGGGACAGGACUUGUGGAAAAUUAGUUGUUUUGCACAACAUUGAGGUAGCAUGCGAAGAGAACGGGUUGGUAGGGUGUGUAAGCAAUUGUUUUCAACCAGACCAAGGUUGGAUGCAACCUGUCGGAUGCACAGCAUAUAGGUUUCUUCAGUACAGAGUGUGGGUCACAUUACAUCACUCUUCCUCAGAGAGCCUGAGAGUGCAGAGAAAGGAGUGAAUGAAGAUAACAGAGAUGUAGCAUAACAGGUCGAAAUGCAGAGAGGUUUGAGCUUGUGUCUCUGUGCUCUGGUCUGUGUUAUGUCACGUGUGCAUUUUCAUGGCAUGCCCUAAGUAAACAUGCCCCACCCCCCAAAAAAAUGUUUUUCUGUUAUCACCAUUACUGCAUUAAAUUUGCAUGAUCUCAUCUUAGGAUGUAUCUGUUUGAAUGGCCUUUAACCAGACCACUACUUAGCAUGCUCCAACCACAAGGAAUCUAUUUGGCGAUAUGCAUCCUUGGUGAUCUUAGUAGGACCAAAAACUAUGCUCAUUUCAAAUGUAUUGUGGAAAGAUGCAUCUAAAUAAAAUGAGUUAAAUUUCAUAAUUGCAUAUCAAAUGAAAUGCAAUUUUUUUACUUCUUACCCAGAUGAAUAAUUCAAAAAUUUAGAUUUUUUUUUUAGUGCCUUCCAUCUAAGAAGGUCAGUUUCUGCAUACUUGACUAAAUGUCUGGUUAAAGCACUUUGUAAUUCCCCAAUAUACACUAAAAAAGAUCAAUGAAUUUCAAUUUUAUUUUUAAAAACUACACUCAUCAGAAAAUAGGCCAUGUAUGUUGAAUGGCACUGUAGCAUGUUUGUGCAAAGGAUGCAACAUCGAAACAUGAGCAAACAUCGCCCUCUACUGUUUGAUUGUUGUAAUUAGCCCUGCAAGCCUAAAGCAUUUGCAGCAUCUGUGUGCAAUUGUAAUGUUUUGGCUUUGGUAAACUGUUCGCUGUGUGAAUGUGUGGCUGACUGCAUGUAAGGCAGGAGCAGUUCUCUCUGAGAUGUAGCUUUGCUUGACUGAUAGUGGGAUCCUUGUUUACAGUUUAAUUUAUUUAGUACAUUUGUCUAUAAUUUAGUUCGUAUAAAAUGACAGCUUAGAUAUAGGACUGAUAAGAGAAGUUAUGCUGUGAAUCCUUUUGUUUUGUUUUUCACUUAAUUUUAUUUGAAUUAUAACGUUAUUUAAUUUGUUUUAGUAAUGAUAUUGAAUUGCUGUUUUGCAUCUCAUGAACAUACAAAAAAAAAUGUAUUCUUAGUUUGAAACAAUGUAGCAUUUGAAUGAUCAUUCUUAGUUUUUAUAUUAAUAUGAUAAAUAUUGUUGCAUGCAGACAACCAACAGCUGCAUGUUGUGCAUUUCUGACUGGAUAUCUCCCAAAACCUCCAUCGACUGCUUCUCUGUAUGAAAAUAAACUGUGUAGCUGCUGAAAAAAUAAGUAUAAAAAUAUUAUUUUGUCCAAAUAAACUGGCAUGUCUGUCGCUUGUUUGGCCCAAACCCAGGGCUGUCACACAUACACCAACCUGUUGUUACACAAUGAUGUCUUGGAAUUUUCCUCCUUUAGAAAUUUGUCUGUAGCUCUGUAGCAGAUUGCUAUGUUUGUGUUGUAACUUUUUAUGUGUAUUUGUUUUCAUGCUUAACUUUAUAUGUUUACAUUUUUCACUUGUUGGUGCAGGGAAAUAAAUACAACAUGCCUUAUGUA